CGAUCAUGAUGGUCUUAUAUCCGUCGCAAAUGAACCAAAUUUGCAGGGAUUCAAAAGCCAACUCCUCACUGCGCUAACCCAAUAAUCCUCACGAUGCAUGAUACCAAAUUAGCAUCAAAUGCUGCCUGAUUGUAACCGUGGGGAACCCCUCAUAGGAGAAAUCGAAGGAAAUCCAGUGCAAACCUGAGUGAAGAAUAUGUACCUACCUAAUUAGAGGAACUAGAUCGAAAUGACAAACCUUACUAUUAUUGAAGAAGGGCGGAGGUGGAUCGCCUCUGUAAAAAGGUCGGACCGUCUUGAAGUCGGAGAAUGCUGUCCUCGUCAAGCUUACAUCGAGCUUCAAGUACCCAAACGGACAAGCUCGGUCACCAGGGUGACGAUAUCUACCGUAUCGCACGAUCAAGGUUGGAGCGACGAGUCAGCCAGAUAUGGUGGUACAUAUGAGGGCUCACAGACGUACUUCGACCUUGCCGUCGAAACACCGACAUGCCAUGAGCGGGUUGGAUCUUUCAUCUUCCAGAGGAACCUACACGCGCGGGGAGAGCCACAUAGACACGAAAAUGUCUGGGACGUGGAAUCUGAUGACAAAGCUCGAUGUGCGUGGUUGCAAGUCGUGCAGGGGGGCGACACCAUACGAAUUUUCCCUAUGGCACAGCUUCAGCUAUGGACCAAUUAUGUGUAUGAAGUCGAAAUGAAGGUGGAAGGAGGGUUUAAAGACCAAGAAGACCACUUGCCAAAUGAAGUUACACACCUGCAAGACUCGACCGGGGUAGAUAGACUCGAGGUCUAUAAACCCUUACAGGAGGCUCAUCGACAGACUCGUGUUCUCUCGUUAUACCCAGGAAAGUUUGAAGAUCCCCUAGUCUGCAGUAUUACGAACAUAUCACUGGAUGACCCUAGCCAUGAUGCAUACGAAGCCCUGUCAUACUGCUGGGGUGAUCUUCGUACGGAAGAGAUUAUUCAGAUACGAGAAUCGUUAGAUAAUUUCGAACGCCUCACGCACAAUAUGGCCAUCACUUCGAACCUGUAUGAAGCUCUGAAGCACUUGAGGCCUGAGAGCGGUCUGCCACGAAAGUUGUGGGUUGACGCAAUCUGUAUUGACCAAGCUAACUCCACAGAACGGUCUCACCAGGUCGCUUCAAUGCCUUACAUCUAUGCAGAAGCUAUUGGUGUAGUGGUAUGGCUCGGAACCAGCGUCGAUCUACCUAUCAGGCGCAAAUGCUUCUCGGCUUUGCAAAAAAUACAAGAACGGUUUCAAACCGAGUAUGAUCAGUCGAGAACCUACAGCCCGGAGGAGAGAGAGCAGUUUGAGUUGAAGAUAAUCAACACUGAAAUUCCUGACCUAAUUAUUUACACAAUAGAUUGGAACAAGUGUGGAUUUGACUAUUUCAAACGGACGUGGGUUCUUCAGGAAAUUUCGAACUCGAGAACCGCAGUUUUCCGGUGCGGAUUUGACGAUGUGACCUGGCCGGUGGUUUCGUCGGCCAUACGUUUUCUACAAACUGAAAGAUUGGGCACGGCUCUUGUCAAAGCUGGGUCGCAGCCAGCUGGCGUUCUGAGGACUUCAAUCGCGCCGUCCAUAUGGUUCAGUAUCGUGCAACUCGGAGAGGAGAAACAAGGAGCUCAACUGAAGGCUGCAGAAGGCAUCCUCGAGAUACUUGUCAAAGCUCAUAGCUUGAAAGCUACCGACCUUCGAGAUAAAUUGUUUGCGCUUCUCCAAUUUAGUAAGGAGUCAAAAGAUGCGAUGCUAUCCCCGUACGUCAGGGUAGACUACUCCAAAUCACCUGUAAAGGUUUUUACAGACUUCGUUCGUUGGUGGAUCUGCACGCACCGAUCACUCAGAAUCCUGUCAGCCAUCCACACGAUGAAAUACCGGGGCUGGCAGCAGAUGUAUUGCGGAGAACCUCCGGAUCUGGGAACAUUGGAGUACCCUUCAUGGUGUUUCUGGCCCGUGGGAGAUGACAGGAUGGCCAAUUCUACCUUGGGGCUCUCUCUGGAUGGCCCAUAUCAAGCCAGCGGAUCAACUAUACCAGAUGUCGAGCUCAUCAACUCGCCGGAUACUUUGGUAAACCCACACAUACUGCAGCUUACCGGUCAUCGUUUAAGCACAAUCUCCAAGAUUGACCGAUUUCCAAUUUGGGAGUUCCCCGACCUGCCCAUCGAGCUCAGGGAUGCGUUUAUGAAAGUGUUCGACCCUGCGAAUUACGGAAGAUUUGUAUUACCCGGCCAGAGUUAUCAGGAUUCAGACGAAAUAAAGGAGUCAGUCCGAAACUUCCUUACUAGGCACUACUUGUAUCAUUCUCACGGCUUUAAGGGGGAGACUCCUUACAUCCCGUGUCUGAGCCCCAGUUUCUUCGUAGCUAAGGAACUUGGCGAAAAAUGUUACGGGCUCUGCCCGCAUAAUGCGCGGCCUGGAGACAUCGUCGUGGUUUUAUACGGCGGGCCAGUUUUCUACUUGCUGAGAGAGGCUAAGCAAGAUCCCGGCGAUGGAGAAAACGAUAACGGGGCAAUUACGAGUGAAAAGAAGUAUCAAUUCGUGGGAGAGUGUUUCUUGUUCUCAUAUAUGAAUGGGCAAGCAUUGGCCACAGUACAGGAAAAGGGGAUCGAAAAGGAAAUCUUCAGUCUAGUAUAGACUAUGCGAACCUAUCAGCUUCGUACACAUGAUGGGAAUACCCUCUACUGCUCUCUCUCUACCUAU